UGGAGUAGCAACGGCUGUGAGGGUCACGUCUCCUCUGAAACUGUGUCCGCCAUUAACCUUACAUCUUUAAAAUGCUUAAAACCAUUCACUCACAUCUGCUUCACCUAUGAUCACCUCUAGCUAGAAGAUGAAGGAGCUGGCUAAGCAAGAACUGAAGAUUCUCGAAGCUCAACAUCCGACGCGAUUUCAGCAUCUAAAGCUCCAGCUUAAGGAGUUCAUACAUCUUCUCGAUGAAGAUGAAGAACAACAUUCAUUCGAACGGAAACAACAGCAGCAGCGGCUUCAUAUGUCGAUUCUAACUCAAGAAUCAUCAAGCAGGAAGAGAGAGAAGGAAGGGGAAAAGGAUGAAGGAUGCACCAAAAGAAGAAGGCGGCAACGGCAAGGAGGAGGGAUUAAUUCUGCAAUUCAGAAGGCUGAAGCUUGUCUCUGUAAGAUUCAAACCUUGAAAUCCUUUCUUUGCUCUUCUAAUCAUUAAUCAGCACAUAAUGUGGAUUUUUGCUGUAAUUUUUGCAAACAUUUCUUCAAUUU